GCCGGUUUCUCCUUUCUCUCCCAGUCUCGGCCGAAACUCGGAACUGGGGCCCUGUGAUCCUGUCUGUGCCGUGCCGCUCAGAGAGGCACCCGAGAACCCUGCCGUUCACGCAGCCCGGGAGCCUGGCGUGGGUCCGGGGGUCUUGCAAAAUGGAGAGAGGGCCUUUGGAGAGAGCCCCUGGUGGGGACAGGGCCGCCUUCCUGCCCGGCCUCCACACCCCCGUCCUGGUAACGCUCCGUUUUCCUUGGAGGACCACCCUUCUCCGCUCGCACGUGAGGUCGGUGGGGCGGACCUGCCCUCAGAGGCGCCUUGGUCUCAUGGUGGCCACAGCUCUCUGGUUGGCCCUCUGCCCUCCUGGCUUUGGGGGGUGGGGGUGCAGAGGAUGGGACACGGAUCGGGCCACAUCACGGUCAACCCUGGAAGAUCUGGGGGAAGUUCUGGGGGAGAGACUACCUUUGCCGAGGCUGCCAACUGGGUAGGUUGCACACAGGCAGCUGUGGCCAUUGGCUCCGCUGCCACAUGGCACGGGCCUGAGGACUGUACGGGCCACAGAGGGAAGCAGAGCUGCUGGGACGGACCCUGACGACACAAGGUGGAGCCUGGUGUGGGGCCGGGGCCUGGCCCGUUGGCCAUCCCGCCUGCACUUCCCCUUACGCUUCUCUCUGGUCCGAGAGGAGGCUCUGUCCUCAGCUCUCUGGCUGCAAGGGGAGAAGUCCUGAGGUUACCGAGCUUGUCCCUGGGGCCGCACCCGCCCCGCUGGCCCCGUCCUUGCUUUUGCCCCCACAGAACUGCUGCUCAGUUGUAGCCGCAGCAGACAAAGGAGGGUCCACGCCAUUGCCCUUAGACUGGACAAGACAGCAGCUUCCACUGGAACCCCCACUUGACGCGGGGUCAAGAGUCAAUGGCCACGCACCCCUUCACCCAGUGGCCACUGCCUCUGCCUGCCUCAAGCGUCCCUCUGUGGGCAGGGGGGCUGCUGUCCAUGCACAGAUGUGUGGCGGGCACCGUGCGGAGGGGCGCCUCGGCCUGCAGGGGGCCCGCGGAGGGGGCGCCGGUCUCAGCAGGAGGAACAGAAACCACGCACGAGGGGAGCUGCCUGACGUGUGUCCUCAGAGGUGGACAGAGCUCUGUCCGCGGACGGCGUGGGAAACUCGGGGUGGGGCAGACCAGCAGAGAGGUGUCACCUGCAGACUGUGGCCUGGCUGAAGUGUCUGCCCGCAGUGCAGAGGCGGCAGUUUGGUUUCCUGUGUUUGGCACAGGCCCGCCUGGUGUGCGGUGCUGCCUAGAACCCAGAAAUCCGGGCACGUCUGUCUCCUUCUUCCUUCUUUCCAAAGCUCGGAAAACAGGUGCGAAGCUCCCCUGCUGGACAGCAAGGCCACCCAGGUGUCUGAGUCAGCCAUGGCAGACAGACUCCAUGUCCCACGUCCAGUCCCAGCUGGGUGGCUGUGCCCUUCAUGGGGACCCAGCAGCAUCUGCGGUCACACGUCUGCCCCCCUUCUGGGUCAAAAAGUCUCGAACCAUGUGCCCCCAAGUGCAGUGGGCAGGGACAGCCACGACUUCCUCUCCCGGCAGCGCUGUGGCUGCACUGACUGUGCUGUGCACACACAGGCAGUGGGGGCCGCUCGGAAGGUGCUGCAGGCUGCACAGGGCCUGGCCCACUCGAGUGGCAAGUGCUGCCCUGUCCCAAAUGCGGGGCUGCGGCGGGCUGGAGUGCUCACGGAAGACCAGAGAGCAGUCUCGGGGGAAAGGGACCAGACUGGGACAGAGAAGUAGACAUUGGAUGGGGGGAAGAGAGCAAAAAGUGGGGGCAGCAUUUAGGCAUCGGACUGUAGGGCUGACCCCACUGCACACUGCUGGUCACUGCUGGACUGAGGCCUGAGCUGCAUUUGAAACAUGCACGGGCUCACCAGCAACGGGAGGUCUUGGCAGGGUGCUGCCCGGCUGUGCCAAGCCUUCUGUUGUGUUUGGAGCCCUCCCCUGCCCCUGGGCCGCAAGAAUUCCCCCGUCUCCAUCCCGUACCCACAUCAAGCAUGUUUCCAAAUCUUCUGGGAAGCCACACACUGAGCGUCGGAUGUGGGAUCCUGCUUCAGAGUGAGCGAGGCCCGAGUUCAGCCCGAGGGGAGCUCUGCCCAGGGGCUUGUUGGGAAGCCCCGGUGCCCUGAGCCCCAGGGCUGGGGGAAAGGUUUGGUGGACGAAGCGCUGUUUGUUGCACAGUGAUGACAGGGGACCUGCUUGACCUGCCGGUCAAGCUGGCCAGUGUGUCCAGAGGGCCCCUCGGCUCCCGAGCUCAUCUUCAGGUGGCCACCGGCCUGGGCAGUGCCGGUCUCUGGCCUCAUGGUCUGGCCAUGGAGGCGAGUCCUUGUCGCCCUUUAAAUGGAGCAUGAACAGCUCCGGGCACCGUGUUAAAUAAAUGGGGAGGACUUUGCCACACUUUGCAGCCCUGACGUCACACCGCGUGGGCGAGGUGUAGCCCCACUAUGCACACUGUGAGAGAGACAGCAAACCCCUGCAAGGCUUGGCGAGCCCGCAGGCUCGGGCUCAGGCCACAGUCGGGAACAGACGCCGCCGGGCGGGCGGGCGAAAGCCAUGUGGCUUCUGGUCAUCUUGUCCGGGGACCCGAGCACCCAAAGGUGAGUUCCUGCGAGGUGUGCGUUGCUCUGCGCCCUCAAGCUGCAGGCUUUGAGAACAGAGACAAACCAGAGGGUGCCGUGGGAUGACACGCUCUCGGGACCCUGUCUCCUGAUGAAGGGGACAGGCAGAGAGAUUCAGGGCCUGGGGUGGGGUGAAUGACUCAGGUUUCCUGUGUUUUGAGGGUCGUUCUAGGGCGGAGACCACCGGCUCUGGAGAGGCACUUCGCCUUGACUGCCGGCUGUCGAGGCUGCUUGGGCUGCUCCCAGGAAGGCUGAGUCGGUCCCUGUCUGGGAGCCCACGGAAGGGACUCGGUCCGGCCGUGGGCACAGGACUGUUUUGAAGAUGGAUGAGGGGCUUGAAAAAACGGAGUAACGGAGGUUUCCAAACUCCGGCAGAAGGAAAGAAAAUGCCUCUUGGGCGGCCUCGGGCCCCAAGGCCAGGGUCCCCAGCCUCGGAAAGUCACCAGCCUCCGGGCUUGGUCUUGGUGGAGGCCGCUCCCAGCCCACAGGCCAGGCCCUGCACCCCCUGCUGUGGGAACUGCGCCGCUUCCCCUCCCCCCACGCCCCAAAGAGUCCUGCUCCACACGGGGCAGCUUCUCAGAGUGGCCCCAGGGCUCCCCCUCCCGCAGGGGGGCCCGUGAGCUGUCGGUGCCUCCUGAGCUCCCGAGGGGCUGGCAGAUGGCUCAGCUCCCGGAACAGUCCCGCUGUCCAGGGAGGCAUGUAAAAGGACUGUGAUGGGGUGCGGCUCCGUGUCCCACGGCCUGAAAUCCCACCCCGCAGGUGGGAAGCCCAGGCGAGGGCAGUGGGGGUGCUGCUUGGACUGGAAGGUCGGUCCUCAGAGGUGGUGGGCUCAGGCCUGGCUCUCAGCGAAAGCGGCCCCGCCGGCUCCAGCUGCAGGGAGCUCCCUGACCGGCCGAGAGUCUUCCGGCUGCUCUCUGUGGACUGGACGGCCGAGGGCGUCUGUCGGCCCAGGGCUGGGCGGGGGUCAGGCUCCUGCUGGUUCUCGAGGGCUGGGGUUCAGUUUCCAGGAGUUUGUGAGGCAGUUGUUCAACACAGCCAUCAUUGAAACCACUUGUGUGAAUCCAUGAGCAAAAACCACAUCAAACGCAGAGGUAGCACACUUUAACACCCACCCGUUCCUGAUGGGGUUGCCAUGCACCCCUGCCGUCCGAGCCCUGAGACCCGUGCGGCCCUCGCAUCUGCGUGAGGCAAGCGUGACAGGACGUGGGGCCGCUCACCGCGUGGCGGCUCUGCGGCCCGUGAUGUCGUGACGCCGUCUGGGGGCUUGUUUGCCCUGGAAGUUUUCCAACACUGCUGGUCAAGGCUGGGUCCACUGGUUUGUGGGCCGUCGGAGCGUAGACCUGAAGCCGUGAUGGAGACAAUGUCCAUAAUAAUGCAAAUCAAACUUUGCAGAAGUUUGCCAUGUUUGUAGUUGUCACACUGGGGAUGGCAUCAGAAAAUGACAGAGUCUCUGUUUCUGAAAACCCUUCUGUCUUUGAUCUGGGACAGGUUUGCCAGUGACCACGCACCUGGACACACGUCUGUAUCUGGCUGGCAGGCACGUCAUCACCUGUUUCUCACCUGGGGGAGAGGUGACCGACCACAAGCCCCCUUGACCCUCCCGCGUUGCUUUCCUGCUGGAGGGAGGGGGUUGGGGCCAUGUCUUGGUGCCUUCAAAUCACACCUUAUACAGAACGUCAAGCUCACGUCACAUCCCAUUAAAAAUCCUCACUCCAUCCCUGCAACUCAGCGCUUUUCUGAGAAGAGCACUGCUCUUGGCCAUGCCUCGAGGUGUUGGGGGUCAUCCGGUGCCCCUCCAAUCCCAGCCAGUGUCGGUCGUCCCCCAGGGCCUGGGGCACGUGCUACGUGUGUGUUUGCUCCCCUGCAGGGCCCCCAGCCUGUGGCUGUUGUCACGGCCUCUGCCCUGAGGUUGGAGGGCCGCCUGGGCCCUUUUGCCCACCAGGGCAGAGCAGAGCAGUCAGGAAGCCCUGCCGCAGCCCCGCCACAGCCGGCCUCUCUGGGAAGUCCUGGGGGGCGGGGC